UUGAAAGAGUUUAAACGAAUCCGUAACUCUCCAAUUAAUACUGGAUAUAAUUACAUACAUAUACCUCCGAAACACAGGGAGAACACCUUAGUUCAUAUCGGUGCUAACAUUAACUUAAUAGGGGCAUUCAUCGAACUGGACGCCAAUGUGUAAGACUCAAAAACACCAGGAAGGCGUGGUGGUUUACUGAGGUAUUUUAAAGUUUAUGUUUUAACAAGUAUGAAAGACCAUCCGCCACAGGUUCGAGGAAGGAGGGACCUCCCAUCCCGUGAAGAAGAGGCAAGCGAGCUCGGAGAGCAUGUAUUCGAGGAAGAAGAGAAAAUAGUUGAUGUUCCCGAGGACGAAAGGAGAUGUAUCAACGCGAAGAUGUGCCUUAUGACGUCAUCGACCGACACAGGGAAGAAUCUGUAUGACCUCCUGAGCAGUCUCCUGGGAGAUGUCCUGUAUGAACGACCAGUUGAUGCGCUCGAGAAUCUUGAGGAUAGAAUCAUUGACCGGAAGAGGGAGGCUCUCUCGUUCGACUCUUCCACUCUCCUUGACAAACCUACGACUUCACAGGAACAGUACCUCGCGCAUUCGCAAUGGAGAAUAUUUCAGAAUGCUGGUGAAGAUACCGAGGAGUAUAAAAGGUCGUUCCGAAAUGAACACGCUGACCCAUCAGAGGAUGAUAAAUACGUAAUUCUUCCGAACCUUCUACGCCAAGCCUAUUUCUUCGAACAAAUCGGAUUCGGUCUUCCAAGAGAAGAAAUUGUAAGAGUAUCGAUUGCCAUGCGUGACAUCGUUGAGCAAUGGCCGAUCGAGAACAUCCGGUUCUGGGGGAAGAUCUUCGGCAUACAUCAGAAUUACUAUGUAGUGGAGACCGAGUUCCAAGAAGGUGACUACGAGAGUGACACAAGCGAUCUAGGAUUGGAGGAAGAUAUCGCAGACGAAGGGACAACAGACAGUUUAUUUGAUGAGCUAUCUACAUCCGAUGACAUCAAACCAACAUAUAAGCCAAAUCCAAAAAUCCCGUGUGAAGCUUUAGGAACCGGUCUUAAUAAGAAGAUCUACUUUGUAUGUUCCGAACCUGGAUUACCCUGGGAGAGAUUGCCUCAUAUCACUCCAGCACAGGUGGUGGCAGCACGGCAAAUCCGGCGGUACUUCACCGGCACACUGGAUGAUCCGAUCAUCGCCUACCCACCAUUCCCAGGAAUCGAACGAAACUAUCUGCGUGCGCAGAUUGCUCGGAUAAGUGCGGCAACAAGCGUAUCUCCAAUUGGCUACUUUCGGUUCGACGACCAAGAGGAGGAAGAAGAAGCGGAGGAGGCAGCAGGUGGACGUAGUGCGUGUGUGAUUGACACCGAGUAUGAUGGACUGCCCCUCCGGGAACUCGUGGACCCUAAUCUACAGUCAUGGUGUCACCACGUUCAGUCAAUACUACCGCAGGGUAGGAACACUUGGUACAACCCUGUGUCGGCCCAUAUCGAGGGGGAAAUGGAGGAUAGCGAGAUAGAGGACAGAGAGGAACCCGACGAACCGACACCGGAAGUUGGUCCGCCAUUGUUGUCUCCUUUAUCAGAAGAUCAGAGUAUAGGCGAAAGUCCGGCUUGGAUUGCCCGUCACUCUUCUAAACUGGUGCCCGAGUAUUCCAUUGCAAUGCUACAAUCAAACACUUGGCCAGGAGCUGUCACAUUUGGAGCCGACAGGGGCAGAUUUUUUGAGACGUUAUAUGUUGGGUGGGGACUGAAGAACCUCCCAGCCGAGUACGACCCUACCAUUCCCUCAUCUGCAAUGACGGAGUUCCCGAGUGGACCGGAAGUGACGGAAGCAGAUGACCCUACACCGGAAGAGGAAGCAGCAUUCAAGGCGGCAUUACAGGAGAAGGAGCAGGACGAUGAAGUGGGCGGUGAUGAGGAGGGGGAGGACGAGGAUGACUGAAGGAGAUAAUCAGUUGUGUCAGGAGAAAAUGACUCAAAGUGUGAAUAAGAGCUCAAAUGUAUUUAUAUUUUUUAAAAUAAAACAUUAUUGAUAGGACAUGCAAUGUCUUACAAAAUCA